AUGUCCUCAUCGACUAUUGAGUAUUAUACGUUCGUUUCUCAACAAAUCAUCAUCUUCUUCGGUAUACCAAUUCUUAUCGCCGGUGUCAUUGGGAGCGUUUGCAAUCUGGUUGUGUUUCUCAGUUUAAAAACCUUCCGCGAAAAUGCAUGUGCAUUCUAUUUAACUGUCAUGACUGCAGUCGAUCUUGGCCAAUUGGUCACUGGUCUUCUGUCACGUAUAUUAAUCAGCGGUUUUGCAGUUGAUUGGACAAUCUCUUCAGUUGUCUACUGUAAAUUCCGUGCUUAUUGUUUUCAAUUCUUCGCCCUGACCUCGUAUAUUUGUAUGUGCUUGGCAUCCAUCAAUCAAUUUCUCGCAACUUGUUCGAAUAUGUUUUUGCAAAAUCUCAGUAACAUUAAACUAGCCCAUCGAAUCGUUUCGGCUUUUGUUUGUCUGUGGCUUGUGCAUGGAAUUCUGUACCUGGUUUAUUACAAUCUUAUUCCAUUAGAAAGCACUGAAAUUGUAACAUGUGACAGCUGGAACAUCGCUGUCAGAAAUUAUCAUGCCAUCGGAGUUACGAUUAUAUAUGGAAGUGUGUUACCGGUCUCGAUCAACAGCGUAUUCGGAUUUUUAGCGUAUCGGAAUAUUCAUCAGUUCGAUCGACGAACAACGCCGCUUGCUCAGCGUGAGCUGGAUAAACAGUUAACAUUGAUCAUUUUCAUUCAAUUUAUCUAUCAUCUGGUUUCGACAAUUCCUUAUUUGAUAGUGACAAUCAUUUCGCAGAUAGGGAUCAUUAACGUUGAUCCGAUUCGCGAAGUCCAAAUGCAGCUUGCCACUUCUGCAAGUUUGUGUAUUUAUUACUUAAAUUACGCUAUUCCGUUUUACAUGUAUAUCAUUGUUUCGACACGCUUUCGUCGACAAUUUCUUUAUGUCUUCUUCGAAAUUUAUGCAAAUAAAUGGCGACAACGAAUGCCAAAUGGCAAUCAAGUCAUACCAGAAGCAUAG